UUCCAGAUAUUCUAUCGAUAUGAAGGGCGCACAAAGGCGCUCGACGUCGCUCCAUCCGACUCGAUACUGCUGGUCAUGUUGAAGAUCCAGUCGAAGGAGGGCGUCCCUCCCGGCUUCCAGCGCCUCUCCUACUCAUCAAAACCGCUCGAGGCGGAUCGCACGGUGGCGGAUUACGGCAUCAAGAAGGCAGCCACCAUCCAUGUC